AUGCCUCAAGCAUCCAGCCUUCCCGCGUGGGCCGAGCUCCAGGCUCACCGCGACAACGUCGGCAAGAACUUUGUCCUGAAGGAAGCCUUCGCAGCCGACACGGAUCGUUUCGCCAAGUUCAGCCGUACCUUCAAGAACUCGGCUUCGGGCACCGACAUCCUCUUUGACUUUUCAAAGAACUUCCUCAACGAUGAGACCCUCCACCUCCUCGUCAAGCUCGCCGAGCAGGCCAACCUCGAGAAGAAGCGCGAUGCCAUGUUCGCCGGCGAGAAAAUCAACUUCACCGAGAAGCGCGCCGUCUACCACUCCGCCCUCCGCAACGUCGGCGACUGGGACAUGAAGGUGGACGGUGUCGACGUCAUGGGCAACAAGGGCGGUGUCCGCGAGGUUCUCGAGCACAUGAAGGAGUUCUCCGAGCAGGUCCGCAGCGGCGAGUGGAAGGGCUACACCGGCAAGAAGCUCACCACCAUUGUCAACGUCGGUAUCGGAGGUUCCGAUCUCGGCCCCGUCAUGGUCACCGAGGCCCUCAAGCACUACGGUGCCAAGGACCAAACCCUCCACUUCGUCUCCAACAUUGACGGUACCCACAUGGCCGAGGCCCUCGCCAACUCGGAUCCCGAGACCACCCUCUUCCUCAUCGCCUCCAAGACCUUCACCACCGCGGAGACCACCACCAACGCCAACACGGCCAAGUCGUGGUUCCUCGAGAAGACGGACGGCAAGGGCGAGAUCGCCAAGCACUUUGUUGCUCUGUCCACCAACGAGGAGGAGGUCACCAAGUUCGGCAUCGACGCCAAGAACAUGUUCGGCUUCGAGAGCUGGGUUGGCGGUCGCUACUCCGUCUGGAGUGCCAUUGGCCUCAGUGUCGCCAUCUACGUCGGCUACGACAACUUCCAUAAGUUCCUUGCCGGUGCCCACGAGAUGGACAAGCACUUCCGCGAGACUCCCCUUGCGGAAAACAUCCCCGUUCUGGGAGGUCUCCUGAGCGUUUGGUACUCUGACUUCUUCCAGGCCCAGACCCACCUGGUUGCUCCCUUCGACCAGUACCUGCACCGCUUCCCUGCCUACCUCCAGCAGCUUUCCAUGGAGUCCAAUGGCAAGACCAUCACCUCUGACGGAACUCCCGCCAAGUACACCACCGGUCCCAUCCUCUUCGGCGAGCCCUGCACCAACGCCCAGCACUCCUUCUUCCAGCUCGUCCACCAGGGUACCAAGCUGAUCCCCGCCGACUUCAUUUUGGCCGCCAAGAGCCACAACCCCAUUGGCGACGGUGUCCACCAGAAGAUGCUCGCCUCCAACUACUUUGCCCAGGCUGAGGCCCUGAUGGUUGGCAAGACCGCUGACCAGGUCCGCGCCGAGGGUGCCCCCGAGGAGCUUGUCCCCCACAAGAUCUUCCUCGGCAACCGCCCCACCACCAGCAUCUUGGUCGGUGGCCACAUUGGCCCCGCCGAGCUUGGUGCUCUGAUUGUCUACUACGAGCACCUUACCUUCACUGAGGCCGCCAUCUGGGACAUCAACGCCUUUGACCAGUGGGGUGUCGAGCUGGGCAAGGUCCUGGCCAAGAAGAUUCUCAAGGAGCUUGACGAGGCUGGCAACGGUGAGGGCCACGACGCCUCCACUGGCGGUCUGAUUGGCGCUUUCAAGAAGUACUCCAACUUGUAA